UCACUUCCGAAGAGAACUCCUGUUCAACUGAAACCCCACUAUCCCAGAACUUAAAACAAUCUGUAGCGUCAUAACCUCUUCUUCUUCUUCUUCACUCAACCGAUCGAUCAGAUCAUAAUUCACAAACCCUAAACACACAAAUCUCCAAACAACAAAAACAACUAUGGCGGACACUCUCUCUGCUUUGAGAUCUCUAAUGGCUUCACACUCUCCACCUCUCGACGCCCUAGUUGUUCCAUCAGAAGAUUAUCAUCAGAGUGAGUAUGUAUCUGCGAGGGAUAAGAGGCGUGCUUUUGUUUCUGGAUUUACUGGAAGUGCUGGUUUGGCACUUAUAACAAAGAAUGAAGCAUUGCUUUGGACGGAUGGGCGAUACUUUUUGCAAGCAGAACAACAACUAACUGACCAAUGGAGGCUUAUGCGUAUGGGAGAAGAUCCAGCUGUAGAGAUAUGGAUAUCCACCAAUUUACCUGAAGAUUCGGCUGUCGGGAUUGACUUCUGGUGUAUAUCAGUAGAAACCGCACAGAAAUGGAAGUCUUUGUUUGCAAAAAAGCAACAAAAUUUAGUUCCCACAACCAAAAACUUGGUUGAUGAAGUCUGGAAUGAUCAACCUCAAGCUGAAAUCAAUCCCGUUCAUGUACAUCCUCUGAAAUUUUCGGGUCGUUCAGUUUCCGAUAAGUUAAAGGAUUUGCGUGAAAAUUUAAAAAAGGAAAAAGCACGUGCAAUUAUAAUUACAACACUUGAUGAGGUUGUUUGGUUAUUUAACAUUCGUGGGGGUGAUGUGUCGUAUUCUCCUGUCGUUCAUGCAUUUGUUAUCGUCACAAGAAAAUCCGCUUUCUUCUACGUGGAUGAAAGAAAGUUGUCUUCUGAGGUCAAAACUUAUAUGGAGGAAAAUAAUAUCACCGUAAAAGAUUACGGUGCAGUGAGCUCAGACGUGGCUUUGCUUGCAUCUAAUCAGCUUACAUCAGCAAAGGAAACACAAUCAAACGGUGCAACUGAACCGGAGGAUAGCAGCCAUAAGAUUUGGGUUGAUCCUCGUUGCUGCUAUUCAUUGUAUUCGAAGUUAAGCGGUGAUCAGGUCCUUCUGCAACAGUCACCUUUGUCCCUUCCCAAAUCUCUUAAGAAUCCUGUAGAGAUGGAAGGGCUAAAAAAUGCACAUAUUCGGGAUGGUGCAGCUAUUGUGCAAUACUUUGCAUGGCUGGAUAAGCAGAUGCAGGAGAUAUAUGGUGCCUCAGGCUACUUCAAGGAGUCGGAAAGCCAAAAUUCUAAAAAACACUUGGGAGAUUUAAAACUGACUGAAGUGUCUGUAAGUGAUAAGCUAGAGGAGUUCCGGGCAGCGAAGGAGCAUUUCAGAGGAUUGAGCUUUCCAACUAUUUCAUCAGUUGGUCCAAACGGUUCAAUUAUUCAUUACGAACCAGAAGCUAAAACAUGUGCGGAACUCGAUCCAAAUAGCAUGUAUCUUUGUGAUUCUGGAGCUCAGUAUCUCGAUGGGACAACGGAUAUAACUCGGACCGUUCAUUUCGGAAAGCCUUCUGAACAUGAAAAAAGAUGUUAUACUGCGGUUCUCAAGGGUCAUUUUGCUUUGGGUAAUGCUCGUUUUCCCAACGGAACCACAGGUCAUUCUCUUGAUGUUCUUGCUCGAGUUCCAUUAUGGUCAUAUGGUCUUGAUUACAGACACGGAACUGGUCAUGGGAUCGGCUCCUACUUAAACGUGCAUGAAGGACCACAUUCGAUUAGUUUCCGACCUGGUUUGAGCAUCCCACUGCAAGCUUCAAUGACUGUAACUGACGAACCUGGUUACUAUGAAGACGGCAAAUUCGGUAUAAGAUUGGAAAAUGUUCUUAUAAUCAAGGAGGCUGCAACACAGUUUAACUUUGCAAACAAAGGUUACCUGGAAUUCGAGCACAUAACAUGGGCACCGUAUCAAACGAAGUUGAUCGAUGUGAGCCUUCUGCUGCCUGAAGAAAUCAAAUGGGUCAACACCUAUCACGCCAAAUGUCGUGACAUCCUGGCACCAUACCUCAGUGAGUCCGAGAAGGCUUGGUUGAACAAAGCUACCGAGCCCAUUGCUGCAUAAUAAUUUAUAACAUAUGUUCUCUCUUUCAUGUUUUUAAUAAAUCUGAAAUUGUUAUGUUACAUCCUUAUUCAGUAAUUCUUGAAUUUGAUAACUAAUAAUUAGUAUAUGUACAUGUACAUGAAUAAUAAAUAAUAAUAAAAUUAGUGUUAAUCAUAGUUC